CUUGAGGUAUUGCUAGAGUGAACGAGCGCGAGGGAGCGAGCAACGCCAUUUUCUCAAUUCGCGGGUGAAGACUGUGCGCGGUGUGUGACUUGUUUGAUAAAGUUUAUCCACGAUUCUGCUUCACGACGUCGAAAUUACGGGCUGUCUGACGGCCCUGGUGUAUUCACCAGUGUUAUGCAUAGACACGCGGCCAGCUGUGUGGUAGAUAUGGUGAGUUCAGAGAGAUCGAAGCGCUCCCGGGAGACGUGACGUCUUGUCAGUCGGCCUUUUCCCAUUCCCCCUUCUUGGUGAGCUCCCGCAGGGAUGGGUCGUGCAGAGUUGUCGUUUAUGAUAACGUAACAUAAACUAAACGGUAAAUCGAACACACGUUUGUCCUUGUCGAUUACGAUUUCACGUGUAAUAAAAAAAGAAUCGUGGUGGAAUCAGGAGCCCGUAAAAUGUUUCGUUCGGGCCAAUGGGCGGAGGUUUAGGGCGGCACAUGGCUGUUGGGGCGCCGGCUGUGCAGGGGGUGGUUUUCCCGACGCUAGCUCGAACUGACGAAAAUUCACUAUUCUUGUCAGUUACGAUAUUCUAUGCGUACGUAUAUCUCGAUCGUGAUCGCGUGUAAUUGCGGCCGGUCACGGUUCGGAUAACAAGUUCAUAGUGACAGUGGAAAGAGAAGUACUCCGUUAUAUGUCUUGAUUUUCUUAUUGAAGAAGAGAAGCAGCCGGAGGCUUCGGCCUUUCGCGGAUUACGCGCGUCUCUUGUGUGCUAUAGUGUUCUGCAUUUUCUUCACGUAAACCUUGGACAAAGGAACCAAUACUGAUCACGGACGAUCUCUGGAAGAGAAAUAUUCGACGAUCUUUGUGUUGCUGCGAAGCAGGGACAACGGGUAAUUAGAGAGCGGUGAACGUUCUGAGAGGAAGAAAAUGCCGCUUCCUAAGCGACUGGUGGAGCCGGUGCUCGUCGCACGGGGCACCAUCCCUGAGAACUUUCCUCUCCCCUCAGAGUUGGAGGCUGUAACGAAUGGCACGUUGGCCAACACGAUCAGGCAACUGUCCAGUUUGUCGAGGCACGCCGAGGAUCUGUUUGGCGAGCUCGCGAGGGAAGCUCACGGGUUGAGCGACAGGGCCAACUCUUUACAGGCCAGGAUAGAUCGGCUAGCCGUCAAAGUUACUCAGCUCGACAGCAACGUCGAGGAAGUUUCGCUACAAGAUAUACACAUGAGGAAAGCGUUCAAAAGUUCGGUGGUGUUCGACCAACAAGUCGUUUCCAGGGACACCAUGCCAACGGCCAUGUUGGAAACUUACCAUCAAUGCGAUACGCCACCACCGCUCGAUAAACUUAACGUUUACAGGGAAGACGGCAAAGAUGGGCUAAAAUUUUACACGGAUCCGAAUUAUUUCUUUGAUCUCUGGAGUCAGGAGAUGCUCAAAGAUACCGAGAAGAAGUUACACGAUCGAGGGAAAAAGACCGAGUCUGAAUAUGCCGAACCGUUCAGAGAGCCGCAUAGGCCUCGGAACGAGGGUGGCGGUGGUGGUGGUGGCAGGCAUAAGAAGCGUAUAAGGCAACCGCAUAAUACUAGAGAAAGGCAAAGACAAUUAGCCGUUGGCCACGGCGAGUAUAUUAUGCCAACACAAGGCGUCCAAUACAGGGCACCGCACAAUAUUCAAGAUGAAUCGUUGCUGGAUAUGGUGAUGACUGGAUACGGUGCGCCACGGCCACCCAGGCCAAACAGUAUUGAGCUUAGACGAAGUUAUCCACCAGAGGAGCAACAUCUCUAUAGCCCUCCAUCCUCUGAUCAUUAUAGGGUAGCAAAUUUUGUGGCUCAGGGUUAUGAAGAGAAUUUGUAUGGAUCGCAUUAUGGCACGGGGCAAGGACAGGCAGGUAGUGAAACGUAUCAGAGUCCUGGUGGUCAAAGUACUCCAAGCAGAGGUGGUCGAUCACGACCAUCGCAACCACCUCCAGCCCCUCCGAGUAACACUUCUAGCAAUUCUACGCCCACUGUAGCCUCUGCCAACAACACCCCAACGCGGGGAAGAUCAAUGAGUACUGGUAGAGACACCCUUCCACCACCACCUCCUCCUCCUGGUGAAACUAUGUCUCCUCCUCCUAUGAAUGGUUCAAUACCGUCGCAUCUACUGAAUAGAAAUGGAAGUCGUUCAAACAGUCCAUUACCCAGUCAUCACUCCACGCCUACCCCACCAAAUCAUUCAACGCAAAUAGGAACAGAUGAAACUGAUCCUGCCCCGCAAGACUUGCCACCCCCACCUCCUACUCCCGAUCCUACACCUCCUAGGCCUAUUUCUCCGCCGUGUAAUAUUCCACCUCCACCUCCACCACCUCCACCACCGCCUGUUGCUAAUGGACCCUCGCCUCCGGUGCCAUUGACCAAUGGCGAUAUUGCUAAAAUGAUAGCAACUAAUCCACCCAAGUUGAAACCUUUGAAACCCUUGAAAAAUAUCGUGGACGGACAAUUGAGGAAGCCCGUUAACCCAAACAUCCCUCUUGUCGAUCCGCGAAAUGAUCUACUUAAAGCAAUUAGAGAUGGGAUAAAAUUACGUAAAGUAGAGAAAAUUGAACAAAAGGAAGUGGAACGCGUGAACGCGUUGAACGACGUUGCAUCCAUAUUGGCGCGACGAGUUGCUGUAGAAUUUAGCGACAGUGAUUCAGCAUCGGAAAGCGAAUGUGACAGUGAAGGAUGGGGCGAGCAGGAAACGAAUCUCGCGUGACCCAACUCUCUUCCAUCUACUGCCACUGCCUCCUAGAGAAAUGGCUGACGAUUCUUUCGUUUCGUUCAUUUUCAACGAAAGUUCGAUUUCUGUUGUUGCUCGUCGCAUAAGCCACACACUUUGUUCGCGUAUAAAAAAGGAAUAGAAAUAAUUUGAUUUGAAGUUGGCGUGCAUCGAAGAGACAUCAGAUUCAAAAGUAGAAACGAAACGAACGAAUUUCGUUUCUCGAUUGUUUAUGUUGAGUUUUGUUAAUAUAGAGAGCAUAUAAGCGCGAAUUAUUUUAAAUAGUUUCAUUAAAAGUAUAAGUGUAGUAUUAUAAGAAUAAUUAUUUUUAUUAUGCACCAUUUUAUUACCUUUAACAGGGUUAUUUUUUUUUUUUUGUUAUCAAAGAAUAUUUAAUAACUCUUUUUUUUUUUGUAUAAAGUAAAUAAAAAGGUUAAUUUGUUUUCAUGUUAAUUACAAGGCUCAAUUUUAUAACAUAUAUUUAUCUGAAGAGUAUGAUAUUCUAAAUAUUUAGCUUUUCUUAGACGAUUCUAGGAAUCGUCAGCCAGAGAUCUUUUAUUUAUUGAGAGAGUUUAUGAAGUGAAUGUAACGGAAGUCUAAGUUCAUGUAAAUUUAGAAUAUUUUUGAGGAGCUAUAUAUUACA